AUAGAUACAUAUAUAUUCCAUAUCCGAAAACAUAUAUAUAAAUACUCACACGCGCACACACACACAUAUAUAUAACCUCCCACUGUAAGGUAGUGUCUAUACGACUUUGGCCAUGGAGUCUAUGAGACCUGCGUUGGUGCUGAGAUUGCGAAGACGUGCCCAUUGGAAAUUCUUGAAUCCUCCAAAGCUUGACGCUCUUGCAAACCCCUUCCACACCGACGUAGCAUCUUCGCACGGAGUUUUCUACUUUCAUCUUGCCAGGAAGCGACGGUAUAUUGGCUACGACAGUCGCGGCGUCGAGAGACGUGUUCGAGAGUACGAUGGGGGCAGUUCCGUCCACUCUUACUGCCUUCCACUCAUGUUCCUCUGGCUGCCCCAAGUCCUGCAGACCUCCUUGCAGGAAUAUCUCACCAACCUGCGCGUGGAUGCCGCGUGCGCAGAAGAGAUCGUGCGAGCCCUCCUCUCCUCCGUCUCCAAUGCGGUCGAUGGGAACGUAAGGGAGUUCUAUGCCUUUGUUGAUCUGGAGAUAGUCACAGUGGUGGACGUGGUUCCGGGAGUACGAAUCAUCGGCGAACUGGCCGCGCACUAUCGGUCGCUUGUGGCAUCAGAAGCGGUUAUAAAGAGGUUAAAUGAAAAGACCUUCGUCGCUGAGGAGGCAACUGAUAUCGGGACGUGUUCUAUCUGUCUUGAAGAUCUAUCGAGCAGCAGCGAACAAAUUCGGAGGCUGGUGAAGAUGCCUUGUGAGCACAUAUUCCACGUUUCGUGUAUCGUCCCUUGGCUAAAGACAAAACGUACAUGUCCUUUGUGCCGUCGAGAAUUAGACAAAUGAUCAAUUAGAAGAUGCAAUCUAUCUAUAAAAUUCUGUGCAUAGGAAUGACCCGAUCUUGUUAGCUGAUGGAUAAUUUCUUGGGAAUUUAAUUUAUAACAAUCGUACG